UGAAUAUCCGCAUUUUGUGCUCAUCCAUUCGGGAUCAUCAGAGUGAACACUGAACAGUCCUAGGAUUUAUUGAUCGGUGCACCGAAAUCAGUCAAACUACUACACUUUCUACAGAGAUCUAGCUGAUAACUGAUUUUCAGCUCUACUACAGUUAACAAAUAUUUUAAUCAACCCUAAGAUGAGUGCCAGAUGUUCAACAGUAUCAUCCCUUGUCCAUCAGAAUUGAAGUGAAUCAAAUAAGAGUUCAGAAUCAUUCAAACCAAUGGGUUCUUCCUUGUAUUUAAAAUUAUCAUAAAAUGAAUAUUCCUCCAUGUUAAGUUGAUGUCAACUGGAGUUUCAGUGGAAUUCCAACCCAUGUCUGCUGACGAACAAUCAUUUCCUUCUCCACCUGAAGAUGAUCUUCUUGAUAUUUUUAUUCAUUGGUUUCUAUUUUUAGCCGCAAUCAUUCAAGUCUAUUUUAUAUUUUCUGCUGUAUUUUAUUCCAAACCGAAUGUGCCGUCUAGUCAACCUCGUGUAGAUCGUAAUUUGAAAAAGUCCAAAAAGCAUUUAUAGCGAAAUUAUUAAUCAUGUGAAUUUAAUAAGUAUUCUAUUCUUAUUUUUUUAUAUUCUAAACUAUAUGUUACUGUUGCCGGUGUUAUCUAAUCUUGUAGAUAAAUUUCGUCGUAAAACUAUCGUUUUCACUAUUUACUUUUUAAUCAUGUGUAUGCAUACUUUUAAUGUCAUGCUAAUAUUCUGCUUAAAAUAGAAAGGUUACAGUCAAAUAAUUUAUUUUACUCUCUAUAAGACACUUAAAUUUUUACUUCUUCUAAACAUACAAAAUUCAGUUGUUAUGUUCUGCGGUCUAACAAUAACCUAUACACUCAUCAUAUGUAAACUCAACCUUCCAAUUCAGUAAGAAAACUAAGAGUGAAUGGAAAUUUUUCUUGACUAGCGUGUUUUUAUCUGCCUUGUAAAUUUUAACUUGCUUUUUAACCGAUAGCUUAUUACUGCUUUUUCAGAAAGUCAAGCUAAAUCCUAACCGACAGGGUAUAUCCGUCAGCAUCUUUCACUUAUCAUUUCGCUUAAAAAAUGAGUAACACCUUUCUUUCCUGAAUAU